AUGGAAACGAAGCAUGCAAGCCUCAUUGAGGCAAGAAGAUACGAAGAACGCAAACUUCCCUCCGUAAAGGAUAUUUACACCGGGUCCGACCAGACAUAUGCAGUGCAGAAGAUGAUGGUGAAGAGAAGGGAAAUAGGAAUUCCAAAUAUCGAAUACAGGAGAUGCGGGAUAUUGUCUGUUAUGGGAGCGUUGUGGUUCUCCAAUGGCAAGAAUUUGGUGAUCUGGAGAUAUGAAAGCAAUGAGGAGGAAGAGAUAGGGAUGUUUUCGUCGGAGGUUUUGGAGGUGAUCAUUUUUGUUCCUAGGAGGGGGAUCUUCAACGAGAGAAUAUCGCACUGCCUAUUUGUUGCCACCGAGAAGCAAGUGAUGAUCUAUGGGGUCGAGAAGGAUACAUUUUGUCUUGUCAACACCGACUUUGUAGCAUCCUCUCCAAGUUGUGUGAGAUGUGCGUCGGUGGAGAAUGGAGAUGUGUUUAUAGGAUGUGAGAAUGGAAGGGUAUACCAGGUUGUUUACAAGAGUGUUGACUCCUGGUCAUUCAAGAUAAUGCAUGUUUACGACCCAAGCUCGUCGAUUCUUUCAAGCCUUGUUCCGUCUGUUCUGAAGCGGAAGAAGUCGGCAGUUAAGGCUUUAAGCAUAGGAAAGAGCUUCAUGGUUUGUCUCGGCAGAAAUGCCUCGAUCUACAACAUUGAGGGGGGGAUGUACAAAGUAAGAGAUGUUGUGUUGUGCAGAGAAUAUAUCGAUGUGCAGAUUGUCGAUGAGAAAGAGGACUCUGUGUUUUUCUACUUGGUCCAGAGGGAUGGAUCAAGAGACUUCUACGAAAACGGGAGACUUGCAAUGACUCGGAAGUCUCCGAACAUUGGAGAUAUGACGGAGAUCAAGGAAAUGAAGGUUUGCACAUCGAAAGACAGGCUUUGCAUGGUACGGAACGGACACUACGACGGAAGCAUUGUAACGAUAAUUUCUUUGAACGAAGACCAGAUCUGCAAUUUUGACAAGUUAAAGAGCUCUGAGAGUUAUGAGGUGGUUGUUAUGAAAAACGAAAUAGAGUUGAUUGGGAUUGACGGUAGAACAAUUUUCCUUCUGGGAAACAAAAGAAUCUUUGUGUAUGAAAUCCAAACUAUUGAAAAGUUUCUUUUGAGCUGCAGAUCGGAAGAGAUUUUUAGCAUGUACAAGAGCUAUGGGGAGAAGGAGAUGCUAGUGCUAUACUAUGAGCUCCUAGCAGCCAACGAAGAUGUGGGAAGACUGGAGUAUCUUUGUUUGAAGAACGAGGAUGCACAGCUCUCUGCGUUAUUUCUGUAUCUUUACAGGCUGAUAAAGCCUAUUCUGGGAAUUCCAUUUGAAGACAUUCUGAACGGAGAGAAGAACAUAUAUCUCGAGAGGAUCCAGAGCAAGAUCAAAAACAUUCGGGGGAAAGUUCGAUCCAAACACUUGAGGAUGGGAUAUGAUUUUAUAGAUGAAUUUCUGCAGACGUGCUUCUACAUGAAUGUAUUGUACGAGUACUCGGUUAAUUUAGAGGGGAAAUCAUUAGAGUAUGUUCUUCUUGAAGACAGUGAAGAAUUUAAGAAAAGAACACUUAAGUCUAUUCUCGAGAUGUUCAAGGUCAACCAAAGUGUCGAGCCCCUAAUAAAGACCCUCAGUGCUCGAUGUCCGUUGUUUCUUCCUAUGGAAGAGGUUUACUACCAGAGGGGCCUUGAGAUGUUGAACAAGAAGCCAUCAAAAGAGGUAUUGUUUGAGUCCCUUAACAACCUUAAGAAUGUCCAAUACAACGAAAGUCUUAUUAGGAAAUACAAUGAGUUUGGCUUCUACUACGGAAGCACAGCACUUAUCAGGGAGAACUUUAACUUUGACUUUGAGUAUGGGGUUGAGAUCUUGAAGAAGAGUGUUAGAUGUGUUGGGGCGUUAAACCUUGCAUUGGAGGAUCCAAGAGAAGACUUUCUGUAUGCAUUGUUUGAAGCAUUAAUCGACAUUCUGAAGGAGAAUGGGUUUGGAAAGGAGUGCAGCUGCUGUGACAAAUGUGGUACCAUGUCUUUGAAUGAUUUGAUCAAGAUAUCUGUUCCUUUUCUUGAGAAGUUCCUAAAGGAAAAGGCCAUGUCAUCGAGCGACCCAAGGAUAUUUGAGCUCCAUUGGAAGUACUGUGUCUACAGAAACGACAAGGUGAAGGGGACACAGUCUUUAUUGGAGUUGGCAGACAACAAGGCAGUAACGCUGGAGACAAAGAUCGAUCUUCUGAAGACAGCCUUGAGUGUAUCUGUUAAUACGGAUCUGUUCAACGAAGUCAAGCUUCGGUUGGAGCUUGCAGACAUACAGGUCGAGGUUUUGAAGAGGGGCAGGGUCGAUCCAAUGAUAAGCAAUAAUCUCUUGUCUGCGGACGAGUUGUUCAAUGACUAUGCAUAUAAAUACCCCGAACUUGCUCUUAAGAUUAUUGGAAUAUCGAGCUAUACAGAUAAGGCUGUCAUCAAAGAGUUAUGGGAGGAAGGGAUGAACGGAGACUUCGACUCGGCAAUGAGGUUCCUAGGAACAGUCAAAACCUCUGGGCCGGCAAAGGACUGUAACAUAGUUGGAGACAUUCUAUGCUCUAAGAUGAGUAAGGGAAAAAAACUAGGAAAGGCGUUGGCAAGUGCUGGGUUCAGCUACCUUGAGAUUGUGAGCUUUCUGGAAGAAAAGAUCAAGGGAGAAGAAUACAACCAUCCUGAGAUGAAGAAGAUGCUCUUAAACGACCUCAAGGAGUUUUCCAACAACAACGAGUUCUAUCUCAGGAUUGAAGAAUAUUGCAGGAAGAAAUAUGGAAUUUAG